GCCCAUUGGCUGCGAGAGGCCGGUGCGCGCCGCACUAGCCGGGCCGGUGGCGGUUCAGGCGCCAGAGCUGGCCGAUCGGCGUUAGCCGCGGCCAUGACGCCCGAGGACCCAGAGGAAACCCAGCCGCUUCUGGGGCCUCCUGGCGGCAGCGCGCCCCGCGGCCGCCGCGUCUUCCUCGCCUCCUUCGCCGCUGCCCUGGGCCCCCUCAGCUUCGGCUUCGCGCUCGGCUACAGCUCCCCGGCCAUCCCUAGCCUGCAGCGCGCCGCGCCCCCGGCCCCGCGCCUGGACGACGCCGCCGCCUCCUGGUUCGGGGCCGUCGUGACCCUGGGUGCCGCGGCGGGGGGAGUGCUGGGCGGCUGGCUGGUGGACCGCGCCGGGCGCAAGCUGAGCCUCCUGCUGUGCUCCGUGCCCUUCGUGGCCGGCUUUGCCGUCAUCACCGCGGCCCAGGACGUGUGGAUGCUGCUGGGGGGCCGCCUCCUCACCGGCCUGGCCUGCGGUGUUGCCUCCCUAGUGGCCCCGGUCUACAUCUCUGAAAUCGCCUACCCAGCAGUCCGGGGGUUGCUCGGCUCCUGUGUGCAGCUGAUGGUCGUCGUCGGCAUCCUCCUGGCCUACCUGGCAGGCUGGGUGCUGGAGUGGCGCUGGCUGGCCGUGCUGGGCUGCGUGCCCCCCUCCCUCAUGCUGCUGCUCAUGUGCUUCAUGCCCGAGACCCCGCGCUUCCUGCUGACUCAGCACAGGCACCAGGAGGCCAUGGCCGCCCUGCGGUUCCUGUGGGGCUCCGAGCAGGGCUGGGAAGACCCCCCCAUCGGGGCUGAGCAGAGCUUCCACCUGGCCCUGCUGCGGCAGCCCAGCAUCUACAAGCCCUUCGUCAUCGGCGUCUCCCUGAUGGCCUUCCAGCAGCUGUCAGGGGUCAACGCCGUCAUGUUCUAUGCAGAGACCAUCUUUGAAGAGGCCAAGUUCAAGGACAGCAGCCUGGCCUCGGUCGUCGUGGGUGUCAUCCAGGUGCUGUUCACAGCUGUGGCGGCUCUCAUCAUGGACAGAGCAGGGCGGAGGCUGCUCCUGGUCUUGUCAGGUGCGGUCAUGGUGUUCAGCACGAGUGCCUUUGGCGCCUACUUCAAGCUGACCCAGGGUGGCCCUGGCAACUCCUCGCACGUGGCCGUCUCGGCGCCUGUCUCCGCACAGCCUGUUGAUGCCAGCGUGGGGCUGGCCUGGCUGGCCGUGGGCAGCAUGUGCCUCUUCAUCGCCGGCUUUGCGGUGGGCUGGGGGCCCAUCCCCUGGCUCCUCAUGUCAGAGAUCUUCCCUCUGCAUGUCAAGGGCGUGGCGACAGGCAUCUGCGUCCUCACCAACUGGCUCAUGGCCUUUCUUGUGACCAAGGAGUUCAGCAGCCUCAUGGUGAGUGCAGGCUCCACCAGCAUCACGUUCGUGCAGGCUCCACCAGCAUCACGUUCGUGCAGGCUCCACCAGCAUCACGUUCGUGCAGGCUCCACCAGCAUCACGUUCGUGCAGGCUCCACCAGCAUCACGUUCGUGCAGGCUCCACCAGCAUCACGUUCGUGCAGGCUCCACCAGCAUCACGUUCGUGCAGGCUCCACCAGCAUCACGUUCGUGCAGGCUCCACCAGCAUCACGUUCGUGCAGUCAGCCGAGAAGUACUUUCUAAAACCACUUGUAUUGCAGAAGACCCAGGGUUGUGGCCUUACAUGCAGCCUGAGCCCCACCAUGCCUGGGCCACUGGCCAUCUUGGGCAAGGCGAAGUGGAGGCAGAUGGGCUGGGCCAGAUGGGGAACCCAGGCUGUGACCCCUUGGGAGUCCUCUGCCUGUCCUGGCAGUCAGACAGCACAGCUGCCCCCUCCCCUUAGUGAACGUCAGGAAAGUGGGCCUUCAGCCUAAGGUCUACAUGGGAAGAGUUGACAGGACUGGGCUGCAGCCCCACCCUGGCUACUUCCUUGCUGUGUGACCUUGGGUAUGAUGCUUACCUUCUCUGAGCCCGCUUCUCUGGCUGAAACUGGAGGAUAGUAACAGCAGCUUGCUCUUAAGGCUGAUGGGAGCAUUAAUUCAGUUCAUCCUGUUGCUGCCUUCUCACGAAUGGACUGGCACAGGUGUGGUCCCUGUCCUGGGGCUUCCCAGCCAACAGAGAGACAGUUCUGGGGUAGAUGAUCUGGUUGUUUGUUAAGUCAUUUGUGCCCUCCAGGUCUCCUGGCAUGUGCCAUGUCCAGGCCCAUUCAAGGCGCCAGGGAGAGCAAUGAACAAGAUGGACGGGGUCCCCUUGAUGACAAGGACGGGAAAGGCCAUGGCAGUAGUAGGGGAAUGAACCCCAGUGGGGCUGGGUUAGGAUGUGGCGGGGCGGGUCAGUGAGGGGCCAGCCUGGAGUCUGUGCAGAGUCUAGGACCCGCCUGGGGAGCACAGCGGGGGGGCCGGGCCGAUGCCUGGGGGUGGAGAUUACUUGCUGCAGCUGGGAGGGGAUGGGCAGCAAAGGAAGAAGGAAAAGAAGCCAAGAAGGAGGUGACAAAGGACCUAACAGUCCUUUUUUAGGAGAGAAAAUGUCCAAGAGGCCAAGAGAAGGCCUUCAAGGAGGGAGAGAUCCAGGUCCCAGAGGACCAGGAGCUGAGAAGCACCUUUUUAGUUCUGACACGUGGGAGGUCACAGUGGUGGCGGAUGGCAGGGACGGGUUCUGACUGAAGGGGACGGCUCACUCCUGCCUCCAUGCCACUAGCCCCAAGAGUCCCCAUGUGCUCCUGGGGCCAUGCUCGCUUUGCCCUGUCUCACCCAUUUCCACCACACUAUGAAAGAACCCCCCGGGGGCCUCAGGGUGGGGCCAAAACUGAGGGUGGAGGGUCGGUCCGUGGGCCCUGGAGUCAGACCUGGAGCAGGAGCCCAGCUGUCACUGGAUAGCGGGUCUCUGGCCUUGAGGCAGUCACUUCAUUGCUGUGAGCCUCAGUUUCCCCAGCCAUACGACCUCAGUAUCUUGGACAGUGCUUGGCCCAAGCCACCAGACUGGAUGCCAGACUAUCCUCCACGUCCCAGAGCUGGGUGGAGACAAAAUGGGUGUGGCCUUGGGCAGGGCAGGCUGGGUCAGGGGACUGGACCCCCUGGUGGCAGAGCUGUCUCAGUGAUUGCGUGGGGCCUCCUGAUCUCUCCCCGCGUCCACCUGUGGCCUUUCCUUUCUCUGCAGGAGGUCCUCAGGCCCUAUGGAGCCUUCUGGCUUGCCUCCGCUUUCUGCAUCUUCAGUGUCCUUUUCACUUUGUUCUAUGUCCCUGAAACUAAAGGAAAGACUCUGGAACAAAUCACAGCCCAUUUUGAGGGGCGAUGACAGCCACUCACUAGGGGACGGAGCAAGCCUGUGACUCCAAGCUGGGCCCAAGCCCAGAGCCCCUGCCUGCCCCAGGGGAGCCAGAAUCCAGGAGCACAGCCCCUUGGAGCCUUGGUCUGCAGGGUCCCUCCUUCCUGUCAUGCUGCCUCCAGCCCACGACCCGGAGCUAGGAAGCUCACUGCCUCCUGUUCCAGCUCCUGCUGCUGCUCUGCGGACUCGAACACCUUCGAGCUUUGCAGACCUGCGGUCAGCCCUCCAUGCACAACACUAAAGCAGCAGAAGGGGAGGUGGGCCUCUGGGAUCUUUGUCUUCUGGCUGGAGGUGCUUUUGGAGGUUGGGUGCUGGGCACCCGGUCGGUCCUCUCACACGGCUGCCUUAUCGGGAAGGAACUUUGUUUGCCAAAUAAAGAUUGACACAGAAAAUCAA